AUGGCUGAGCCUGCCCAGCCUGAGCUCAGCGCGGCCAUGUCCCCGACGGGGAUCAAGCAAGAGCCCAGCCAUGAGGCUGACAUCCUCGAGGGUCUUGAUCUUGACCUUGAAUCCAUCAUGCAAGCCGCGACCAAGCGGCCCUUUGAAGACCAUUCUAACGACGACGAUCCGAACAAGCGAGUCAAGUCUGAAACCGAACCUGUCCAACAAAACACGCUCGAACUCGACCAAGGAGCCGAAGAGUCACUAGAAGAUGGUCUUGCGCUUCUCGUGCACAAUGCGCUCAACAACGCCAAUGACUUUAUGUUCGACCCCACGACCGACCAGAUGGACAUUGAUGGCAUUCCCGAUCACCACCUUCCACCGCCUCCUCCGCCAUCUUCACCCUCGGUCACCUUCUUUUCCGAUCCUCAAAAGUACUUGCGCAAAGCCAGUCGACAUGCGCUGGGCAAUAUGGCACUUUCCGUUCUUUUGUUGUUCUCGCAAUCCUUCGACGAUUCCAUCAAACCGAUCCAAGACGCCGAUUCGCAACACGCCAAGUCUUUUCACGACCUCCAAUCAUCUUUUGCGCAAAUCAAGCAGAUCUAUUCUUCGGGCCCCAUUCUAUCUGCAGACGAGCCAGACCUUCAAGACCACGAAUCUCGCACCAUUCUCGAUCUAGCGAACCUUGCUCAAUUCUGCAUUUGGCUAUUACAAACUGCGCCUUCAUACAGCGAAGCUCAUCAACAUUUCCACGCGAUCUUCCGAGGCCAGGUAUCCGAUCUUGGUUCUGAUGCACUCGAUCUAUACCUCUCUCUCAAGACCCAAGUGGCCAUCGAUGCGCUUGUUUCAAAAACAACAGAACAAUCGAGUGAGCAAGUAUUGGAAGAGGCUCUGAUCAAUGGGAUGGAAGAUAAGCUGCGCGGACUUCACAAUGGGUUCGAUCUUACACCUGCUGACACCGAAUUCAUCACUUCAAUCCGAUCAAGAAAGACAUCGCUUGAAGGCGAGACGUCAACUGAGUCUGCGGUUCUACGAGAAAAAUACAAGGUGGACGAUCUGCUGCGACAGGUUUCAACGUGUGUCAAGACCCGCCUUGCGUUGAUGUCGGAUCUUGGGUCAAGACUAGGCCAUCCUAUGCGAUCUAGCGAAGAAACUGCCGUUGAUCUCUUGGGCGACACAAGCUGCGAUCCAACUCUCGACAUGGAAGAUCUUUCCUCGUUCUUCGAAAAGACAACUUCAGGCCUUGUCCAGGACGCCUUAGCUGGCUUGACCGAGGACGCUACAACGACCGCCAACCCUAAUCCCGAACCCAACCCCGAACCCAUUCCUGAGCCAGUGCCUGCCGUCGCUGAAACCAUCGAACCGGCGCCAACAGCUGAGCCUACCAAGACUCCAGAAAAGGAGCCUUCUUCUACACCUCAGACAAAUGGAAAGCCGGACUUGAUAACGGAUUACAAGGAACUGGAGGCACUGGUGGCUGAGAGUACGUCUAACUAUGUCAAGACCACAUUACAUGGACUGUCGCCCGCUCCAUACCAACCUACAGUUCCACAAAGUACUACACAAACAUACUUGAACCAACUCCAACAGCAACAGGCUCACAAUACAUACUACUCGUCAUACACACAAAGCGUGCCCGAGCCGCAACCACCACCACCCGAGCCGGGUCACAACUUACCGCCGAACCAAACCUUUCCUAGCGCUAUACUAUAUGACAAAGCUCGACAAGCGGCUCUCUCUAAAAAUUCGUCGCAUACCAGGAGAGAGGGCCUUCACUCAACACGGCGCCCUUGGACUCAAGAAGAAGAAAAGGCUCUCAUGGCGGGUUUGGAUAUGGUUAAAGGACCGCAUUGGAGCCAAAUACUGACCUUGUUUGGACAAAACGGCACAAUAUCAGAUAUACUUAAAGAUCGGACACAAGUGCAACUCAAGGACAAGGCCCGAAAUCUCAAGCUGUUCUUCCUCAAGACCAACUCAGAGAUGCCAUACUAUCUCCAAGCAGUUACGGGUGAGCUCAAAACGCGCGCCCCCACGCAGGCGGCCAGGAAAGAGGCCGAAGAACGCGCGAGACUGAGUUCGGAAGAGCAGCGUGCGACGCUCAACGGGAUAAUGACCCUGGCUGGAGGUCUGCAGAACCCACAGCAGGGGCAAGGACGGGCAGUGGGAACCCCAACCUCAGCUGUCGGCUCGGGAGUUAUGACGCCUGCUCAAGCUGCGAGCGCCGCCCAGGCUGCAUCUUCACAACAGAGUCAGGCGCACAAUCAAGCGACUGCUCACUCAUACAACCCAGCUACCUCAUCCGGGUAUCCACCAUCGACGCUGCCGCAGUCCAGACCAAGCAUCAUGUCACCGCCUCAGCAGUCGCCUCAUCAAGCAGCUCGUCCGCAAUCUUCUCAAAUGUCCAUGUCUCCUCAAACACCGCGGUCGCAAGUCCCCCAGCAAAAUCAUAAUGCCAUGCAUUCUCCCGUCCACGCUCAGGCGGCUGCCCAAAUGCGUUCCCACACAUCGACGCCCGUCGGCCAGCUGCAUCACUCUCCACCGACACAACACACACCAACUACCCAACCCGCGGCCCAGCAUCAUGCUCACACUCACUACGCGCCCGUUCCACACACUCAGCUCAGUUAUCCAUCCCCUACCUCUACCAACGCCACACCAGACAUGCAUUCGCAUAAUCACGCACCGGCACCGGCGACGCAGAUGGACCAGCAUAUGCACGACAACGCCGCAGAGGCAGCUUUGUUGCAAGGCCUCCAGGCUGCGGUGGCUGAGUCUUUGUAA